AAGCUGCUGCCUCCCCCCAUUCUCCUAUAUAAAAGAAGAAAAACACAAAUACCUCAUCAUAUCUUCAAAUCAAAUACCAGAAGAAAAAGAAAAACACCAGUUUUAAAGUUCAUUCUAGAGAAAAAAAAAGAUGGGUUCUUUAAUGGGAGGUUGGGAUUCACCUCUUUCUUCUGAUCCUAAAGCUGUGAUGUUUCAGAGAAACAGGUCCUUAACAAAGGAGGAAGUGGAUGGGUAUUGGAGAUUAGAGAAGAAGAAGAAGCAGGAGGAGGAUGAGAAGAAAGAGCAGUGCCCAAGAUCAAGUUCAGCUGGUAGUGCCCAGAUGAAGGAGGACAUUCUUCUUGACACAGGAACAGUCAGUGAAACCAGUUCUUUGGAGAAACUGAUCCACACACAUGGCUGGUGGGUAAGUAGCAAUUGGGCACAUCUAAACGAACCACCGCCGGAGGAGGGAGAUUACAAGUACAUUUCGCAGUUUCAUGUGGCAAACAGGGCAGCCAACGACGACUCAAAUCGCCAUCAUGCCGGAAUCAGCCACCCAUGAAACCACACCACCGCCGCGGCACCACCACCUUCUUUUGUUUUUGUUUUUUGUUUUUUUUUGGGGGUUUUUCAAGUAAUGAACAAUCACAACAAGCACAUGUACAUAAGAAUAAAUAUAAACAUGCAAACCAUGUAUUAUAAAAUCACACAGAGUACUAAAGGGCUAUCUUUCAGGUUGAAAUUAAGAAACACUAACCUGAAGUUUUCCCAAGAGAGAGAAGAUAUCCCUGUGAUAAUGGAUGUAAUCUGACACUGGCCAUUCAAUCUGCCUUCAAAAGCUUUUGUGCUGUUUCUGUUUUUU